GAGUGCUAUAUUCGGCUGUGCCGAUUCUUAAAUACCCUCCACCAGCAAGUGGCAGUAUAAGAUUCGGACUUAAUAUUCGCACAACUUAACCAUUUACACCUUUUUGAAAUUCAUGUUAAACAUGUCACAUGAUGAUAAUUUCAAGUAUAUUCCAAAUGCAACAACAAUAACAAAUGAAAGACUCGAUAUGUUUCCCAAUGUCAAGUUCUUUUUUGAAAUGCUUGUCAAAGAUACCAAAAUAGAAAGUAAACAUGUUGGAAGAUCAUUUCGAUAUGAUGAAAGUGUUGAGAAAAAUCGUUAUUUUUCAGCUCAUGGACUUUUUAUGGACUAUUUUAUACGAAAACAUUUAUCCAAUCAGUAUAAUAUUAAAAUAAAAGACAUGCGUACCGAAAUAAUACUGGAAAAUUCGGAUAAUUUCUUCAUUCGAACCGAUGAAAAAUUGCAGAACGCAAUUAAGGAACAUUAUGAAAUAUAUAAAGAUUCAAACACCAAGGCCAUGGACAUAAUAAAAAGUAUUAAAACUGUAUCACAAUCACAUCUAAUAUAUUUUGGAGACGAUUUACCGAAAAUUGAUUAUACUGUGAAUGAGAAUAAUUUGCGAGAAAUUAUUCGUUAUUUGGAACGUCUUCCCUAUUCCAUGGUACACUUAAAUCCUAAUUUAGGAUGUAAUUAUUUUAAUGCAGAUGCCGAUUUAAUAUUUGACAAUGAUGUUAUAUACGAAAUAAAAACCUCUAAAUUUAAAUCCCUAACACGCGAUGAGUUCAUUAUACCGUCAAGUAAGUUUUAUCAAACGAUAAUCUAUGGAUUUGGUUUCUACAAGCUAACGGGUAUAAAAGUUAAGAGAUUUAAAAUCUACAACCCCUUAUUAGGUGAUGAGUACUCAAUCGAGUUGGAUAAUAUCGAUUUCGAGUUAUUUGAAAAAGUUCUUAAGCGAGAUGUUGCAAUUUACAGUCGUUACAAGGAUCUUAUAAUUAAUGAAAUGAUUUUCGAUUUUUCAUUAUUUAAUGAAGUUAAAGAUGAAACGAAGAAGAAGAAGUAAUUAAUAACUUUAUCAUAAAUUUAAGUGUUUGUUAAUUAAUAAUUGUUAAGAAAUGUCAAAUUUGUAAUUAUUCAUGUACAUACAGUGAUUGACAAAACAAUAGAAACUUUUUCAAAUAUUUCAGAAAUGGUUGAAAUUCUAUACUUAUUGUUGAUAUAUUAUUAAUAAUUGUUAUUAAUUUUUUUAAUAUACAUGUAGUUAACAAAAUUAAAAAAAAAGAUUUGCAAUUAAGUGGCUAGACUCGAAAAUUAUACCUGGAUUAAAGUGGCCUGCACAUUCACCAUAUAUCAACUCCAGAGAAAAUCUAUUGAAAAUAGUAGCUUCAAGAUAUGGACUCAAAAAUUGUUCUCUCAGGUCUAAUUGGCAGGACAAUUUUUAGGAUGCGUUUAUAAGGGAAUAGCUAAAUUUUUCAAAUGAAUUUUAUUAUCUAAUUAUUGUCUCAAUUCAUCUCCGAUGUCAUGCAGUAAUAAAAAGUUACAGAACUAUAUUCUCAGUUUCUGACAAGUUCUCACCAAUAUUGUUAAGAUAAUACCAAAGUAAUUUCAUUCAAUUUAUUUUAUUAUAGUUUAUUACACGUGUAAGUAAUUCAAUCUUGAUUAUUUUUUUAUUAUUAUUUCAAUAAAACUGAAUUAAAAGUUCAA